UCAUUAUGAAAACACUUUUUAGGAUGAUAUGAACAAAAAUACAAUCUAAAGGAAUUCAAAAAUGGAAGAAGGAAUAGCUAUAUUGGUAGUGAAUGAUAAGAAAAAGGAAAAUAUAAGCGUCGAUAGCCCAAGCAAGGCAACCUUUAAAGACAGAAAAAUAUAUGAUUUUGAUCGUGACCUUCUAACAUCCAUUGUGAAGACUUGUCUGGGAUUUGAAUGUAUAUGUCAUAAAAAUGAGCAUGAAAACAUUGGAGUUUUAAACAGCAAUCGAGAAGAAUUUGAAGCCACACGAGAACACUUAACAGCAUGCGCUGAAGCUAAAACAGUUCAUGUAGAUAAGAAAACAGGAAAAAAGGAAGAAGUAGAAACUACAAAGAACAUAAAUUCUGGGGGAAAUGAUGCCCAUUUAAAUAAAGAUUUGUCAGUUGAUGACUUGGCACAUUCAACUGGAAUCAAAGACCCAAAAGAGUGUGGAUGUUUACAAUGUAAAGUUCGUGUCAAAGCUGGAAAAUCAGAGGCAAAAUACUUCCUUUGUGCAAUCAAUUCACACGGUGCUGAAAGGAAAGGUCAGAUGUCGAUACUGUUUUCCGAUGAGCAGUUUUUUCCACUCAAUGAUAUCAUUGAAAAGUUUUCGGACAAAGCCUGUCCCGAAUUAAAAGGAAAGAUAAAGAUUUUCAUCAUCCAGGCCUGCCGCGGCGACCCGAAAAGGAAGCCGGAAGACCGUAUCGAUAAAGGAGUUGAAGUGCAAAUCGCAAAUAAUGCAGCUGAUUCCAAACAGACUGACUCUGCUGAAACAAAGGACUUCGUUGAUAUGGAAGAUUCACCAGAAACUGGUCAGAUAUCCAUAGCAACAGGAAGUAUUCCACCGAACACUCUUCUUAUAUUUUCAUGUUGGUCAGGCAAAACAUCUUAUAGAACAGUGGGUGAACUGGAAAAAUAUGCAGACUUAUAUGGUACUUGGAUGAUCAGAGAAAUGAAAAAAAGUAUUUGACGAAGAAAAAGACACCAUCAAUUUUCUGAAUACACUUACAAAAGUAGCAGCUGCCGUUGCCGAAAGGGAGACAAGGGAUGGUUGUAAGAGCACAAUGACAAUUAUGCACACUUUGACCCAGCCAAUAUAUUUUACAUUGAGAAAUCCUGCAGAUGAAUUGAACUUGGAUCAAGCUAAUAUUAACUGAUAGAAUCACUUUUUGCCGGUUGCUGAACUUUCCUAAACCCAGUUUAUUUGAUUAAAAAAGGAUUAUAAGCAUUGUUAUUUUACCGUUUGCUAUUAUAUGAAGCAUUAUUGGUAGUGUGACUGGUGUUGCUGUUAAAGCUGCACUCUCACAAAUUGAAAGUUUUGACUUGUUUUUUUAUUUCAGAAUCAGCUGGUUUUGGCAUCAAUGCCUUCAAUUCAGUCAUAUAAGAUAACUCACAAUAGAACAGAUCGCUAUUGUUUAAAAAAUGACCAUAAACUUCAAUUUUCUUAAAGUGUUAGUAACGCCUUUAGCCACAAAACAUCAACUUUUGACCAUCAAUAUGAAGGACUGCAAUCUAUUCUUUAAUUAGCCUUCUUUUAGCACUGGUUUCCAGACAUUUACUCAAAAAUUGGCUCAUUCCAAGCGUGUGCAGCUUUAACAACGUGUGUGUGCGAUAAUUAUAUGACAUUGAGUACUGAUGGUUUCAAAUAAGGAGUACACAUUGUUACGAUUGCUGUGAGAUGUAUUCUAGCUUGCCAAAUAAUAGUAUGACAUAUAUGGACGAAUCAACUAUAUAACCCGACUGCACUCCAUUUUAUGUUUAUCAUUGUAUUGUCCAUGAUUUUCUUAUGCAUGUUUGUAUGCGUGGGUGAUGUUGGUGUAUGAAUUUAAAGGUAAAAUUAAAAGUAAGUAAAUAUAUAAAGUCACUUUUAUUUUCAU